AUGAAGUUCUCAGAGAUUCUCUCUCUUUCCGCUGUUCUCGCUCUUGCGAGUGCAGCCCCCGUCAAGCGCUCAAACGAUGUCGAGAUCACCUUCAUCGGCGCAGCUGGUGCUCAAUUCACCCAGAAUUUCCCCACAGACAGCACUGCUACUUCUAUCAGCAAUGUUCUGAGCAUCUCCCACAUCUCCUCUGGCACUGACGGCGUUGAGUGCACAUUCACUGGUGUCGACAGCAGCUCUACCACUGUGGAUGGUGUUGAGGAGGUUGAUGUUGGCCCUCCCCAGACCCAGGUGUCUGGAACUUGCUGGAAUGUAUACACUACUCAGCGCCGUAGUGAGGAUGCCUGGAUUACUUUCAUCGGUGCUGCCGAUGCUGAGUUUUCUCAGAGCUUCCCUCUUGAUGGCACCCCUACUUCCAUCAGCAACGUCCUGAGCAUCUCCCACAUCUCUUCCAGCAGCAGUGAUGUUGAGUGCACUUUCACCGGUGUUGACGGUAGCUCCACCACCGUUGAUGGCGUCAAGCAGGUCGAUGUCGGCCCUCCCCAGACCCAAGUAUCCGGAACCUGCCACAAGCUCCCCGCUCAGCGCCGUCGCAGCUCUGAUGUGAAGGUUACCUUCAUUGGUGCUGCUGAUGCCGAGUUCGUCCAGUACUUCCCUACCGACAGCAGACCCAUCUCGAUCAGCAAUGUUCUGAGCAUCUCCCACAUUGAGGUUGACGCUAGCGGUGUUACUUGCACCUUCGACGGCAUUGACAACUCUGUCACCACUGUCACCGGUCCCAGCACCGUUGAUAUUGGUCCUCCUCAGACACAGGUCUCUGGCUCCUGCUGGGCCUGA